ACUUGCUCAUAGUUGACCUCCAGGACUAUUCUGGCUCUGUAUCAACAAGACAUCACUUAUGCACUGACAUUACUGAUUUUACUGUGCACACUUCAGGUGGCGACAUGCGUGUUGGGUCACAGAGCGAUUAUUCUGUGUUCACGGUGCUCCCUCUGUGCUGACCCAGUGAGAAGCUCCCAGCCAUGACAGCGUGGCGCAGGCUGCAUGUGGGGGUGAGGGCGGCUUGUGGAUUACUCCCCUCCAGACGAAUGACACCACAACACCAGUGGCUUUGCAGGCACGGAUGGCGAAGCCUGAGCACCGGCAGACCUCUCCAAAGCGACUUCUUCAAAGACCUGGAGUCCCAGCUGGAGGCCAUGAGGAAAAAGGCAACGGAUGCCCUGCCAGGGAGCAGCUGGAGCCCCCUGGAGCAGAACCCCAACCUUCCUCCAGAGAGGGCGGACAUCGUGAUCGUAGGAGGGGGUGUGGUGGGCUGGUCCAUCGCCUACUGGCUGAAGAAGAAGGAGAUGGUGCGAGGGGGGGUGCGAGUGGUCGUGGUGGAGCGGGACCCAACGUACUCCCGGGCCUCCACAGUGCUGUCUGCAGGGGGGAUCCGGCAGCAGUUUUCCCUGCCUGAGAACAUCCACCUCUCCCUGGCCUCUGCGGACUUCAUGAGGAACAUAAAUGAACAUCUCGGCGUGUUGAAUGAAGACCCAGUGGACCUGCAGUUCAACCACUCGGGAUAUCUCUUCCUGGCUAGUGAAAAUGUGGCCCAUAUCAUGGAGGAGAACUACAGCACCCAGAGGUACGCUGGAGCCAAAGUAUCGCUACUGUCACCCACACAACUGAAGGAGAAGUUUCCAUGGAUCAGCACGGACGGUGUGGCGCUCGCGUCUUAUGGGUUGGAGAAUGAGGGAUGGUUUGAUCCCUGGAGUCUGCUAAAUGCCUUCAGAAGGAAAGCCAUGUCUAUGGGAGUCAUUCAGUGCAUCGGAGAAGUCACAGGUUUUAAGUAUACUACAAACAUAAUGACAACUGUCGAUGGUGAGCAGGUGGAUUUCAAGAGAAUAAAACAAGUCAGGGUUCAGAUGCCCAACAGUCUGGAGUACCAGCCGGUGGAGUGUGCCAUCGUGGUGAACGCAGCAGGAGCCCACUCUGGAAAACUGGCUGAGAUGAUGGGUAUUGGCUUUGGUCCCAAAGACACCAUAGCUGGAAUCCCUUUACCAGUGGAGCCGCGGAAAAGGUAUAUCUACGUGGUUCACUGUCCUGAUGGUCCAGGUCUGGACACUCCCUUCCUGAUCGACUACUCUGGAAUUUACGUCAGAAGAGAAGGGUUAGGAGGAAACUACAUCGCUGGCACAUCACCAGAGGAGGAGGAAGAACCAGAUACCACUAAUAUGGAGGUGGACCACCAGUUUUUUGAGGAAAAGGUUUGGCCCUACUUGGCCCAUCGUGUUCCUGCUUUUGAGAAACUCAAGGUCACCAGUGCCUGGGCAGGCUUCUAUGACUACAACACCUUUGACCAGAACGGCAUCAUAGGUAUGCAUCCUUUGGUCAACAACGUGUACUUCGCCACUGGCUUCAGCGGCCAUGGCUUACAGCAUUCACCAGCAGUGGGCCGAGCUGUAGCAGAGCUGAUCCUGGACGGAAACUUCAAAACCUUGGACUUGAGUGCCUUUGGCUUCAGACGCAUCAUGGCCCAGGAGCCCAUGCUUGAGAGGAACAUUGUCUAGACAGAAAAACAGCCUCGAUGUAAGCCAUUCCCAAUCAGCUCUGUGCAAGAUGCUGUCAGAUGAAUGUGACUGGUCUUGUGCAGUGUGCAACGUCUCACAACUAGGGUACGAUGGUGAUAUUUUUUGGACUGAAUUUGGCUUUGAAGAGACCUUGUUGGAACUGAAGUUGAUGCAGCUCACAAUUUGUCAUCUUCAAAUCUGAAAAUUUGAAAGCUGUCAUUGUGUAAUUGUUUCAGCACAAGGCUACUUUAGAUUUUAUUUAAAUUUAAACCCUCUGUGAAUUUGUAUGCCAAAUUUAAAGGUCUUAAAGGUCUUAAGUGAUGUUUAAGAUUCAUGCACGUUCGCCAAUAGGGAAGGCAACAUUUUUGGACUGGGUCAUUCAUGACUUUUUGGCAUGCCAUUCUCUCCACACAAGAAAGAAUAACAUGUAUCAGGGCUAGAAGAAGAGGUGGAAUAACGGACGCAAUAGAGAUUGCUGUCCGAAGAAAUAUUUUGGACCGAGGUGGAGAGAGAAAUUGCCUGGCCAGCUGGAGCGAAGGAUAUCAUGGAAAGAAGAAUGAAGGAGCGAGCCAUGAACUUGGCCAGGGAUUUUUUUGUUACAAACUCCUGUUAAAAAUGUUUUUGCCUGCAAUAUUUCUGUUCCAGUCCAACUCACUCUUUCCAUUUUGCAAUACGGUUGCAGCGUUUUAAUUUGAACUGAAAUAAUGGGUGUACAUAUAUAUAUGUAUGUACUUUGUAUUUUUAUAUGAUUUGUUGGAGUAAUGCCAGAAGGAUAUUCCACACUCUUUGUACUUAAUGUAACUUAGUUUGUAAUGCGCUCCUCAAUCCAGGUUACGGAUAUUUAUGAAUAAUCAACAGUUGAUUGAUCAAGGUCAUCAAAUGUUGUAAAUGAAGACUUUUGUAGAACUACAAA